CCAUUAACAAAUACAGCAAAACACCCUCCACCCCUUUAUAAAUUCCUUACCAACUAAUUCAAUAUAAAACCUCACAGUUACUUCUUCUUCUUCUUCUUCUUCUUCUUCCCUUUAUACUUUUCUCCCCAAUUGUUGCUUGUUAUAUAAUGGCUAAGAAGCCGAGAAUUGUGAUAAUUGGAGCAGGAAUGGCUGGUCUUACAGCAGCCAACAAGCUUUACACUAGUUCAAAUGACUUGUUUGAACUAUUUGUUGUUGAAGGUGGUACUAGAAUUGGGGGAAGGAUCAAUACAUCAGAGUUUUAUAGUGAUAGAGUUGAAAUGGGUGCUACUUGGAUUCAUGGAAUAAAAGGUAGCCCAGUUCAUCAAAUUGCUCAACAAAUCAAUGCAUUACAAGGGUCUGAUAAGCCAUGGGAGUGUAUGGAUGGGUUACUUGAUGAACCAAAGACCAUUGCUGAAGGUGGGUUCGAGCUAAAUGGCUCUAUGAUUGAACCCAUAUCGACACUUUUUAAGAACUUGAUGGAUUUUGCUCAAGGCAAUGAAGCAUCCAAAUGGUGUUCGAUGAGUCGUCGCUUAGGUAACAAAAGUAUUGGUUCUUUUUUAAGAAAAGGCCUUGAUGUGUUUUGGGAUUCUUGUAAAGACCAUGAAGAGCUUAAAGGGUAUGGUAAAUGGAGUAGAGAGUUGCUUGAAGAAGCCAUUUUUGCAAUGUAUGAGAACACACAAAGGACUUAUACAUCAGCUGGUGAUCUUUUCAGUUUAGAUUAUGAAGCAGAAAGUGAGUACCGUAUGUUUCCUGGUGAAGAAAUCACUAUUGGUAACGGAUAUUCCAGUAUAAUCGAAUACCUCGCGUCGGUACUCCCACGGGACGUAAUCCAAUUAGACCGAAAAGUCGCUAAAAUCGAAUGGGAUCGUUGUGAUUCGAGGCCUGUGAAGAUACACUUCUUGGAUGGAUCUUUUGUGUUAGCUGAUCAUGUUAUUGUCACAGUUUCGUUAGGGGUUUUAAAAGCUGGUAUUUGUAAUGAUCCAGGUUUGUUUAGUCCUCCACUUCCUUCUUUCAAAACAGAUGCUAUAUCAAGACUUGGAUAUGGUGUUGUUAACAAGCUGUUUCUCCGAUUAAACGGUAAUCGAAAACCCGAAGAGCUCCCUUCCUUGCAAAUGGUGUUUCAUCGUUCGGAUUCCGAGUUAAGGCAUAAAAAGAUCCCAUGGUGGAUGAGAAGGACAGCUACUUUAUCCCCUAUUUACAACAAUGCAAGUGUGUUCCUAUCUUGGUUUGCAGGGAAAGAAGCUCUUGAACUCGAAAGACUUAGUAACGAAGAGAUUAUAAAGGCGGUAACAACGACAGUUUCGAGUUUAUUAUCGGAACCCCAUAAUGAAAUCAUGUCUGAUAGCAACUCCAAUGGAUUUGAAGUGAGCUUUGUUGAUGUAUUGAAGAGCAAAUGGGGGAGUGAUCCAUUGUUCUUAGGGUCUUACAGUUAUGUUGCUGUUGGAUCGUGUGGUGCUGAUUUUGACACCAUGGCUGAACCAUUACCUACUGAUGUGUAUCAUCAUCAUCCACUUCAAAUUUUGUUUGCUGGGGAAGCUACACAUAGAACUCACUAUUCCACAACUCAUGGAGCUUACUUUAGUGGUAUUAGGGAAGCCAAUAGGCUUCUUCAACAUUAUCAUUGUGUUGGGGUUUAAGAACUUAGAAUUUUUAAUUUAUUUUAUUUUUGGAAAUUUUUUUUCAUAUGUAAUGUCAUGUCAGCCUACUAUUUUCACGAAUUACUCAUAAAAAAAUAAUUAAUGGAGUUGACUACUGUUAUUUGCGUGAAAA